CUCAGGAAAACAAGUUCUAAAUUUAUCUCACAUACUCUGGGGACUCUGGUGUCUUUGGCAUUAAAACAAUUUUCGGAGCUGUGAAGGGAACGUAAGAAGUCGCCAAGAUGGGGGACAUGUUCCGUAGUGAGGAAAUGGCACUUUGCCAGAUGUUUAUACAACCAGAGGCUGCGUACACCUCUGUCUCUGAGCUGGGAGAAACCGGCUGUGUGCAGUUCCGCGACCUGAACAUCAAUGUGAACGCCUUCCAGCGCAAGUUUGUGACUGAGGUGAGGCGCUGCGAUGAGCUGGAGCGCAAGAUCCGCUACAUCGAGACGGAGAUCAAGAAGGACGGCAUCGUGCUGCCCGACAUCCAGGACGACAUCCCGCGGGCGCCCAACCCACGUGAGAUCAUCGACCUGGAGGCGCAUCUGGAGAAGACCGAGUCGGAGAUGAUCGAGCUGGCCCAGAACGAGGUUAACAUGAAGUCCAACUACCUGGAGCUGACCGAGCUGCGCAAGGUCCUCGAGAACACCCAGGGCUUUUUCUCCGACCAGGAGGUGCUCAACCUGGACUCCAGCAACCGCGGUGCCGGUGGUGACGAGGCAACUGCCCAGCAUCGUGGACGCCUCGGCUUUGUCGCUGGUGUCAUCAACCGGGAGCGUGUGUUUGGAUUCGAGCGCAUGCUGUGGCGCAUCUCGCGCGGCAAUGUGUUCUUGAAGCGCUCCGACCUGGAUGAGCCUCUGAACGAUCCGGCCACCGGUCAUCCCAUCUACAAGACGGUCUUCGUGGCCUUCUUCCAGGGCGAGCAGCUGAAGAACCGCAUCAAGAAGGUGUGCACUGGGUUCCACGCCUCGCUGUAUCCCUGUCCCAGCUCGCACAACGAGCGUGAGGAGAUGGUGAAGAAUGUGCGCACGCGCCUGGAGGAUCUGAAGCUGGUGCUUAGCCAGACCGAGGAUCACCGCAGCCGUGUCCUGGCCACAGUGUCCAAGAAUCUGCCCUCGUGGUCGAUCAUGGUCAAGAAGAUGAAGGCCAUCUACCACACUCUGAACCUGUUCAACAUGGAUGUGACCAAGAAGUGCCUCAUUGGCGAGUGCUGGGUGCCCACCAAGGAUCUGCCCGUCGUGCAGAAGGCGCUCUCCGACGGUUCCGCGGCCGUGGGAAGCACCAUUCCCUCGUUCCUCAACGUGAUCGACACCAACGAGCAGCCGCCGACCUUCAACCGCACCAACAAGUUCACGCGCGGUUUCCAGAACCUGAUCGACGCCUACGGAGUGGCCUCGUACCGCGAGUGCAACCCGGCCCUAUACACGUGCAUUACAUUCCCCUUCCUGUUCGCCGUGAUGUUCGGCGAUCUGGGCCACGGCCUGAUCCUGGUUCUCUUCGGCGCCUGGAUGGUGCUCUGCGAGCGCAAGCUUGCCCGCAUCCGCAACGGCGGCGAGAUCUGGAACAUCUUCUUCGGCGGUCGCUACAUCAUCCUGCUCAUGGGUCUGUUUGCCGUCUACACCGGCAUCGUAUACAACGACGUGUUCUCCAAGUCGAUGAAUCUGUUCGGUUCGCGAUGGGUAAACAACUACAACAGAUCCACGGUUCUGACCAAUCCGAGCCUGCAGCUGCCGCCCAACAGCUCCGCUGUAGGUGUCUAUCCCUUUGGCCUGGAUCCCGUCUGGCAGCUGGCGGACAACAAGAUCAUCUUCCUCAACAGCUUCAAGAUGAAGCUGUCGAUCAUCUUCGGUGUACUCCACAUGGUGUUUGGCGUAAGCAUGUCCGUUGUGAACUUCACACACUUCAAGCGGUACGCCUCAAUCUUCCUGGAGUUCGUGCCUCAGAUCCUUUUCCUUCUGCUGCUCUUCGGUUACAUGGUGUUCAUGAUGUUCUUCAAGUGGGUCACCUACGACUCCCACACAGACUUCCAGCCCCAUACUCCCGGAUGCGCCCCCUCAGUGCUGAUCAUGUUCAUCAACAUGAUGCUGUUCAAGAACACGCCGCCACCGAAGGGCUGCAAGGAGUUUAUGUUCGAGUCUCAGCCUGAUGUGCAGAAGACCUUCGUCAUCAUGGGCCUCAUUUGCAUCCCAUGGAUGCUGCUGGGCAAGCCGCUCUACAUCAAAUUCACUCGCAAGAGCAAUGCCCACUCCAAACACAAUGGCCAGUUGACUGGCAACAUGGAGGUGGCCGAAGGCGAGACUCCCCUUCCAACGGGCUUCUCUGGCAACGAGGAGAGUGGCGGCGGCGGCGGCAACAGCCACGACGAUGAGCCCAUGAGCGAGAUCUACAUCCACCAGGCCAUCCACACCAUCGAAUAUGUGCUCAGUACCAUCUCGCACACGGCCUCCUAUCUCCGUCUGUGGGCUCUGUCCCUGGCCCAUGCUCAGCUGUCCGAAGUGCUGUGGAACAUGGUGUUGUCGCUGGGCCUUAAGAUGUCCGGCGUUGGCGGCAUCAUUGGACUGUACAUCAUUUUCGGCGCCUGGUGCCUGUUCACCCUGGCCAUUCUCGUCCUGAUGGAGGGUCUGUCCGCUUUCCUGCACACCCUGCGUCUUCACUGGGUGGAAUUCAUGAGCAAGUUCUACGAGGGCCUGGGCUACGCCUUCCAGCCAUUCAGCUUCAAGGCCAUCCUGGAUGGCGAGGAGGAGGAAUAAACUGACCAGAAAGUGUUCAAGCCACUGCAUGAAUAAUUAACUAGCCGAGCUUUGUUUUUCCAAUUUAUUUAAUUUGUUUUGUUGAAUGUUUUUGUUUUGUUUUUUUUCGGACAUUGUCAGUAUUGUGGUGCUCUUCCCACAUCCCAUGUUUUUUGUGCCCCUCCCUCCGUUCUAGUACCCAAUUCUCCGCUUUGUAUUCCAUCCGGGGUCCAAGUAUUCACCUGAGUUGUGCCUAGUAUUCUCAAAGGAACAGUUUCAAAAGCAAUAAUUUGAUAUUCAUUGUUAUAAAUAAUAAUUCUAAUAAAUAUAAAGCAACGAAGAGAA